AUGGCUGAGAGUAUGCCCACUGAGGUGUCCGAAGCGCAGCGAGAACCUCGCCGUGAUCUUGGUGAUCAAAUCGUGGAUUCCCAUGUGGCUCGCAUCCUCGAUCUAAGCAAGAUCCCUAACUUCAUGUGCGGAUACGAUGCGCUAUCUAUCUAUGGUGCACCGUUGCACGAGGCUACGGAACGUGACUGGGUGGUCCCCGAUGAGCACAUCAUCGAGGCAAUAAAAGUCUUCACGCAGGCGGGGCUCGGGCUAUUGGACAAUUUCGACGAUUUCGAGACCGACCCUUUGGAAGAGCUCGAUCCAUAUCCCUACAGUGUCGAUUUCCAUACACCGGACUAUCACUUCCACUGGAGCUUUGACUCGGCUAACCGGAACCCUCGAGCGAUAGGUUAUACACCCGCUCGUCCUAUUCAUCUCUACCGCAGGUCGUGGCUCUUCCCGAAAUUUCCCAUCCCGCCUAUUGGCGCUCCCCCUCGCGAUGAUCCAUACUAUCGGCUCACGUCGGACGACCGCAUUCGGCUGUCUUCCCACGGCGAUGGUGAUUUGCCCCGGGGGCGUCAGUCAGAUCACGAGGCCUUCCAUCCCGUGAAGAUCCCUCACUUGGCCCGCUGGGUGGAGGCCCACCAGUUGCGGAUUCUUCGCAACUUGCCCGCGGCGAACACAGAUGGUGAAAUCAUGGGCGUGCGUUGGAUAAGCGCUCCCAGGCCGCAUAAAUACAUGAUGCUGCUGGUGCGGUAUCGGAUGAAUGUGGAUAUCACGGAGCUGUCGGAGCCUUGGCGCACGUUGACAACCCUGUGGCAGGAGCUUUCGCCAGAGUAUGACAAGCCUUCUCCGAACCACCGUUCCGGUAUGAAGCCGAUGGAUAGCGACUACCACAAGUACCUGUACCAGCUAUGCAUCAACAUGAAGAGAUGCGGUGAGCUCCCAUCCCCGGAGAGAGAACGUAUCCACCCAGCAGCCCUCGGCCAUGGUCUGUCUGUCCUUCAUGGGCAGAUACUCAAGGAUGAGGCACCCUCGCCUACGUCAAAGAUGCGAGCUCACUUAUAUUUUGUUGAUAUCAUCAAUCUAUACGCAAGAGCAGCAGGCGGGUCAUGUGACAUGUCAGGCCACCUUCCUUCCUCAGCUCCUCUCAUGCCGUCCGUCACCUUCGACACAUCACUCGCACCAAGUACCACCCUUCUCUUCUGCUACUACGCCAAGGAAAAAGCUUACGGUGGGCUUUGGGGAUUAUGAACAACGGCAACUGCGCACAGUACAGCAUGCGAUGAGGGAAAGCGGCCAUUCAAACGGGCCUUGUGUGACCAUGGUCAAGUCGAGACAGGGGCAUCCUUGUACUGGACAGGAAACACUCAGAUAUUCCGCAACCAAGCUCGAUACUUGAAAAAAUCGUCGGGGUUCGGCAUCCAAGGAUUCAUCAUCGUUGAGAUCACUAUCCAUCCAAAAAACACAAUCGUACCAUCGGAGCGGUGAGAAUCACCCACCUAAAAUCCAUCGACUGGGGAAGGAACACGAUUCGUUCCUCUAUGUCGAUGCGUUGCUUUCCAACAGAGCUUCAAC